CACUCGACGCUGGUUUUCUGCGGCGAUUCGACGCAAGUGAGAUGGCACUUUAAAUCGCUUAAAAUCGAAUUGACAAUGAGACGAACGGUCGACGGUCGAAAAGAUGAUUAGUAAACUUCGUAAACUUGCAUGAUUACCACGCUGAUAAUCAGUGCCAACUACGAAGUCCGCAAUCGCCGAGUUAUCAGACGCGGUUAUUUGCGUCGCAGACCAACCGUAAUCUCGAUUCAGACUACAGGCAUCGGAUGAGCAAGCACGGGUGAUAAACUACGUUCUGUCGAUCUUUGGGAUUCAAGUACUCUAACCAUGAUCGCGCACUGCCUGAAACUUCUUUUACUAUCGCUGCUGAUUUUCAACGAUGUUUCCGGCUCGUUCAACCCCUACCCGAAGCUGAAAAAUCAUCCGUUGAAAGAUGGAGAAGAUGCCGGUGAGCCUUUGUUCCUCACGCCUCUCAUCGAAGCUGGAAAAAUAGAAGAGGCUAGAAAGGCCGCUUCUGUACAACAUGAAGAAAUGCAUGAUAUUCUCAGCUAUGCAGGAUACCUCACCGUCAACAAGGAGUACGAGUCCAACUCCUUCUUCUGGUUCUUUCCGGCCCAGGUGAGUCCCAAAACUGCACCAGUGGUUCUGUGGUUGCAAGGAGGUCCGGGAGCGACAUCUUUGUUCGGCUUGUUCACAGAGAAUGGCCCAUUCCGAGUGACUCAGAAUAAGACACUGGCGAUGCGAAAGUACUCUUGGACAAAAUCGCACAGCGUUCUCUACAUCGAUAAUCCGGUUGGCACGGGUUACAGUUUCACAAAAAAUGACAAGGGUUACGCAACCAAUGAGACGCACGUCGGUAGAGAUGUGCACACUGCUCUGGUCCAGUUUUUCAAACUCUUCCCCGAACUGAAGAAUAAUGAAUUCUUCGUCACUGGUGAAUCAUAUGGAGGAAAAUAUGUGCCAGCAGUGUCUCACGCCAUCAAGGACUUCAAUAUCAAGGCUGACCUCAAGAUAAACUUGAAAGGCUUAGCUAUUGGAAAUGGACUAACAGAUCCGGAAAACCAGAUGGUCUACGGAGAUUAUCUUUACCAAAUUGGUCUCCUGGACUCGAACGGUAGAGACUUAUUUCACCAGCUCGAAGAGGAGGGCCGCAAAUUGAUUCAGGCGAAGAAAUUUGACGAGGCAUUCGGUGUUUUUGACAAGCUACUAAACGGUGACUCAGGGGGCGGCACGCUCUUCAAAAACUUGACCGGAUUUGAUUUCUAUUUCAACUACUUGCACAACAAAGAUAGCCAGGAGUCGGACUGGAUGUCCGAGUGGGUCCAGCGUGUGGAUGUUCGCCGAGCCAUCCACGUAGGCAAUAAUUCCUUCCACACCGAAGACAAAACGGUCGAAGAACAUCUGAAAUCCGACAUCAUGCAAUCUCUGGCAAUCCUCAUUGCGGAUUUGACACAGCAUUAUCGUGUCAUACUCUACAAUGGACAGCUUGAUAUCAUCGUGGCUUAUCCGACUACAGAGAAUUACUUGAAGAAUCUCAAAUGGGCAGGGGCAGAGGAGUACAAAAAGGCUGUUAGAAAACAGUGGUGGGUCGACAAGGAACUUGCAGGAUAUUCAAAGACUGCGGGCAACCUGACAGAGGUGCUCGUUAGAAAUGCUGGUCACAUGGUGCCAUCCGAUCAACCACGAUGGGCCCUCGAUUUGAUAUUGAGAUUGACAAGAAACAAACCAUUUUAAGUCUUUCUGGCAACUCAAAAAUUUUGCUACGAGCGGAACGUGGGUCUAAAAAUAGUCGUGAAUAUUGAUAUUAUUUUUAUAGCCUAUUUUCGAGUCAUCGAAUUCUUUGAUAGUAAGUAUGUAAUCGUUUACACAGGGCAUAACUGCUGUAAUGUAGGUUUAGUGUGCUGACCAAAAAGCUUCAGCAUAUUUGAACUGGUCUCAUUGUCAGCGAUAUUUCGACUGUGAUAUUGCACAGGGAUUCCCAUCCCUUGAACUUAAGCUACUGUAAUUCCUAUUUCCAGCAUAUUUGACCAUGGCUUUAUCAGUGAUUGCAAGUGGGUUAUUUGGGAUGAUAGUCGUAUGUUUUUAUAGUAUGAUGGAGCUGCAGUCAGUCGGGUCGCAACAAGAGGCUUUUAGUUUAAAUAUUUUGUUGAAUAUUUGUAGCUCCAUUUAUUUUUUUGUACUCCAAGUUGGUAUAAUAAGUCCUAAUAAAAAUCAUGUGUACAUUCA